GCUGUUGUCUCUGACAUAUUGUGAGAGUUUAGUCCAGCAGGAUGAUGCUCUUUCCACUGCUGUUAUGGACGGCAUUGUUCUGUCACGUCUCCGAUGGCCAGACUUCCUCUCAAAGUGAUCCGCUCAUAGACCAAUCUGCAACGUUUUAUGUUUUAGCUCCAGCAAAGAUAAGGCCUGGAACAAAACAGAACAUCCUGCUGGAGGUUCACAAACCCUCCCAGGCAUUAGAAGUCUCCAUCACGGUCUAUGAUUAUCCAGCCUCCCAAACUGUUUUAAUGAUGGGAUCUGUUAUCCUGAAUUCAGAAAACAACUACAGCGCCCUCAAAACCAUCGAGAUUGAUCCAAAUGUGCUACAACCAGAUGGAAGGAAGAAAUAUGUGAAGCUGGUUGCUCAGUUUAGCGGAUUCCAUCGUGCAGAAAGAGUAUUACCGGUGUCGUUCCGCUCUGGAUGCAUCUUCAUUCAGACCGAUAAACCGGUUUACAACCCUGGAGACACAGUGCGUUUCAGGGCUUUUGUGUCUGACACUGAAUUCCGUGCAGCUGAGAGGACCAUUUCUCUGGAGAUUCAGAAUCCAGAUGGUAUUACAGUACAUGUUAUGUCCAGAGCCCAAGCAAUCGAUGGCAUACUCUCUAACACCUACCCCCUCUCAUCUGUGGUCAAGGAGGGCAGGUGGAAAGUUGUUGCAAAGUUUUAUAAGGCAAAAGAGAACAUUUUUAGCAGAGAGUUUGAAGUCAAGAAAUACGUCCUCCCAGCAUUUAAUGUCACUUUGACUCCAAAGACAUCCCACCUCAGACUAGACGCAGAAAAGUUGGAGGUAGAAAUAACAGCCAGGUAUCUUUAUGGUGAACCAGUGAAAGGUGUUGCGUAUGUGCUGUUUGGUAUUGAAAUUGAUGGUGAGAAGAUGAAACUCACAUCUAUGAAGCAACUAAAUGAUCUGAAUGGAGGAAAAGUUAGUUUGACUAUGGAAGAGAUAAAGAAGGCCUAUCCUGACACAAACAGCCUACUGGGGUCUUCUGUGUAUGUCAAAGCAUCAGUAAUGACCAGCUCAGGUAGCGACCUUGUGGAAGCAGAGAAAUCUGGUAUUAAAAUUGUAAUGUCACCCUACAUGCUCUCCAUCAGAGACACACCAAAGUAUUUCAAACCUGGCCUGCCAUUAGCCAUGACGGUUACCGUGAGUGACCACGAUGGAUCUCCAGUCCAUAAUAUUCCUGUUAAAAUCAGCUUUCUUGAAAGCCCACUCACCGUACACAGCGGCACCAUCAAAGUCUCCAUCAACAUGCCUGAGAAGUACAGCUCAUAUGAUGAUUCACAGAUACUGAAGGUGGAGACAGCAGAUCCUUCACUGAAACCAGAACAGCAGGCUGUUCAAGAGAUGCGUGUGCAGCCAUAUGUCUCUUUUAAUGACUACAGGAACUACUUGCACAUCUCAGUGGGCAACAGUCCAGUGGUGGUGGGUGGCUCACUCACCAUCCAAGCUCACAUCAGAUCUAUCCCACCAGAACGAAGAAAACUUGUGGAGCAACUGACGUAUGCCGUGUUAAGUAAAGGAAACAUAAUCCACGCUGUAAGGAUGAAUGUUAAAGACCUGGUCAUCAUAAACAUUCCUCUGCUGAUUACCUCAGAAAUGCUACCUGCGUUUCGCAUUGUGGCCUACUACAUUUUGCCAUGGCAACACAAGGCGGAAGUGGUGGCAGACUCUGUGUUUGUGGAUGUGCAGGACCGGUGUGUUGGUUCGCUCAGUGUAGGUCCAGUGGAAGGAGAAAAGGCCAAUUCAUACCUGCCAGGCAGCAGCAUUACAUUUGAAGUGAAAGGAGACCCGGGGGCAAAGGUCAGCCUGGUUGCUGUGGAUAAUGCCAUCUUCCUGUUGAGUAAAAACCGUCUGACGCAGAAGAAGGUGUGGGAGGUGGUGGGUCAGGGUGAUAUGGGCUGCACCGCAGGAGGAGGCAGGAAUAAUAUGCUGUUUCAUUCCAGCACAGGAGGAUACACGGACUACAAAAAAGAUUGUUCCAAUAGAUCUAGAAGAAGACGUUCUGCUGCCAAACUGCAGCUUAGAGAGCAACUGGAGAAGGUAUAUUCUGACGAGUUCCUGCAGAGAUGCUGUGUGGACGGCAUGAGGGAGAUUCCCAUGCCAUAUUCCUGCUACCGUCGCUCCUUCUACAUCACAGAGGACUGGAGCUGCGUGCUGGCUUUCCUUCGCUGUUGUGCGGAGUACAGAGGGGAGGAGCUCGGUGAUGUUACCAGACCUCCGACAACCACUCCUCCACCAACCACCACCCUUGUACCCACCAUCAGCGCCCGCAAGUUUCAUGUAGAUUAUCUUGUUGAGGAACGACGUGUUUUUCAUGCUCCUGAUGAGAUGAUUCUUUUCGGUCUUGCAGGGCAUCCGGGACCUUCCAUCCAUUCAGCACGUGAAGACAGUUAUGAUGAUGAUGAUGAAGAAGAAGAAGAGGAGGAGGUGGAAGAGUUCGAUGAAGAUGAUUUAGCUGACUUAGAGGACAUUUAUGUGCGCAGCAAGUUCUUCGAGUCGUGGCUGUGGACCUACAUCAGGCUACCCAGUGUCACCAAGUCUGAUGGGCUGGCUGUAUUUCCAGUAAACACUGUUCUUCCUGACAGCAUCACUCAGUGGGGGUUUCUAGCCGUCAGUGCUUCACCUCAGAAAGGUGUCUGUGUAGCUGAACCAUAUAACGUCCGGGCAUCAAAGUCGUUCUUCAUAGAUCUGCGGCUGCCUCACUCAGUGUCCAGAAAUGAACAUGUGGAAAUCAAAGCUGUGGUCCACAACUACAAGAACUCAAAACUAGAGGUCAUGGUGAUUCUGGAGAAGACAGCGGACAUGUGUAGCGUAGCAUUUAGUGGACAGCACAGACAGCAGGUUUCGGUACCGGCCGGCUCCUCCAAGCUGAUUUCAUACACCAUCAUCCCUCUGAAAACAGGAGAGCUCCCUCUACAGGUCACAGCCGUCGCUGCCUCCUCCAUGGGGCAGGAUGCUGUGAGGAAGAAUCUGCGUGUCGUAGUCGAAGGCAUCCAGACAAUUAAAGCGAGGAGCUAUGUGCUGAACCCCUCUGACAGCGCUGGUAGACAGCAGAUAGAAGUGGAGAAGAUGCAAUUGAACGCAGUUGUGCCAAAAUCUCUGCCACAGACAUCUGUCAAUGUCAGAGGUAAUUUGCUGGCAGACAGCAUUGAUAACUCCAUUAAGGAGGACUCUCUGGCAGCGUUGAUCUGGAUGCCCGGCGGGUGUGUGGAGCAGAACCUGGCCAGAACCACGCUGCCCCUCAUUGCCACCCAUUACCUGGACCGCAGUGGAAACUGGGAUGCUGUGGGAAAAGAUCGCAGACAAGAGGCCAUCAAAUACAUCCAGACAGGGUAUGAAAAUCAACUUAAUUACCGGAAAAAGGAUGACUCAUAUCCUCCCUACGCCAAAGAAGGCACCAGCACAUGGAUCACUGCAUACGUGGUGAAGGUUUUCUCUAUGGCAAAAUCAUUUAUUAGCGUCAAUGAGAAGCAUCUGUGUGGCCCUCUGGUGUACCUGCUCAAGAAUAAACAGCGUCCUGAUGGAUCCUUUCAGGAGGACAAUCCUGUCUACGACACCAGUAUGACGGGAGGCCUGCGAGGCUCUGAAUCCAGAGUGUCUCUGACCGCAUUCGUGCUCAUUGCUUUGGCAGAGGCACAAAAUGCUGUUUCCUGCCAAGAGCCAGGCCUCAACAUACAGGACAAGACCAGAAAAGCAGCGUUGUAUCUAAGGGAACAUUUCACCCGGGUGAAGAGGCCGUACACAGCGGCUAUAGCAUGCUACGCUUUAGCAGUAUCCAACCAUGGCUGCAUGAAGAGCAUGUUACUAAAUUUAGCCUCGCCUGAUCGUACCCACUGGCCUGACUCUAGUAAUUAUUUCUUCACGCUGGAAGCUACUGGCUAUGCGUUGUUAGCGCUGAUCAAAGGUGGCCACAUGGAAGAGGCAGCCGCCCCCUUUCGAUGGCUGAACGAGGAGCGUGGCAUUGGAGGAGGAUACGGCUCUACUCAGUCCACUAUGGUGGUGCUACAGGUGCUGUCUGAGUACCUGGUGAAGAGGCCUCCUCCCGAUGACCUCAAUCUGUUGGUGCAGCUCAGUGUUCCCGGUCGCAGUGACGUACGCUGGACCUUCAAUCCAAAAGUGGCAUAUGUGGCCCGAUCUUCACGGGUGCCUCUUGACCAGAAAUUCACAGUGGAGGCUUCUGGGAAGGGCACGGGUGUUUUAGAGGUAGUAACAGUGUACCACCAGCUUCCUGAUGUGUAUGAGAACAGCACGUGUAACGGCUUUCAGCUGGACGUCUCCAUCGCUGAGACUAAUGAAAAACUCCCACCUGAUGUAGAAAAGUCAUACAGACUCAAUAUCAACGUGAGGGCUCUGGAGGGACGCCAGGUGAGGAUGGCGAUUCUGGAUAUCAGCCUGCCCACCGGCUUUGAGCCUGAAAACUCAGAUUUAGAGUUGCUCACAAAUUCAGUGGAUCGCUACAUCAACAACUUCCAAGUGGUGGACAACCUGAGCAACAGAAGAUCCCUCAUAAUUCACCUGUUUAGGGUGUCCAGUACUCAGACAGAUGUGAUCUCAUUCAGACUGCAUCAGAAAUUUAAAGUGGGACUCCUUCAGCCCUCCACUGUCACAGUGUACCAGUACUACAACAAAGAUAAACGCUGUAGCAGGUUCUACUCUCCUCCUGAAGACAAACAGCAGCUUGAUCAGAUCUGCAAAGACAAUGUGUGUCGCUGCUCACAGGAUGACUGUUGUGUAAUGAAGGAAGACUCCUCGUCUUUCAGUAAAGAACAGAGGAAGGCCGCUGUGUGCAAUGGAUUACAUUAUGCCUACAGGGUCAAACUAGUCAGUGUCAGCCAGAGUCACUAUGACCAGUAUGAGAUGGAGAUUGUGCAGGUUAUUAAAGAGGGGACAGAGGAAGGCCUGAACGAGAAUGAGAGGAGUAUAUUUCUCUCUCAUGCAAGAUGUAGGACAGGACUUGGUUUGAGAGAGGGUCAGGACUAUCUGAUCAUUGGGCCCAUCACUGAUGUUUGGCAUGCAGGGAGCACAUCCAAGAGGUAUGUGUAUACGCUGGGUAAGGACACGUGGGUUGAGCGCUGGCCGUCCGAGUCUGAAUGUGGGGCUGGAUCUGCACUGGAGGUGAAAUGCAGCGAGCUGAAGAGCUUCUCAAAGGACCUGACAGAGAGCGGCUGUCAGACUUGAGACGGAUGUUUGUUUUUGAACAUACAGUACUAAUGGCAAAACUGUGGAUUUUGAGUCUAUGGCACUUUCACAUGCAUAAAAAAAACAGCUACCAAAAAUACGGUAAUUGACAGUCAUUUAAUACUUCAUGUGUACCGGAGUGUUUGUAAAAACAAACGAUAAGUGUUACAAAACUGUGCUGUUAUGUUGUACUUUUUUUUUUUUUUUUUAAUCCUUUAAAAUUAUUAUUAGUUUAUUAAUAUAGUGUGAAGCAAUAUGUGGACAAAACAUAUUUCUCAUGUUUAUGAAUUAAGAAUUUGUUCCCAAAAGUAAAAUGAGGGAAUGAAUUAGUAAACAUGACCAUGAAUUAAUGGAAGUAAAACACUUAAAUGAAUACAACAUAGGCAAAAUUUUAUGGAAAUAAAUCAUUACUAAAUAAAUUAAUUUAAAUAAAUUAAAAUGAGGGAACAAAUUAGUACAGCAUAACCACAAUUUAACUCAAUUAAAACAAUGAAACAAACUAGUACAAUUUGGCUACUAUUUAACAUAACUAAAAUUAAUACAAUAUGGCAAAGAUUAAAGAAGAGAACAAAUUAGUACUAUGUGUCCCCAUUCAAAAAGAAAUAAAUAAAAAUGAGGGAACAAAUUAAUUAAAUGAGUACAAAUGCCACCAGAGGGCGUAAUUUAACAAGUAUAAGCUGACACAUUCAAGUGAGAUCCUCUUUACCAGUAUAUUGUUAAACAAGUCAUCGCAUUUCAAUUAUAUACAAUCUUAAAUAUAGUUUAAAGUGAAAGUAAUUUUAAAUCACAUUUUUGAAGACAUGCUCACAGGUUAUAUAUAUAUAUAUAUAUAUUCACACACGCAACCCAUAAGAGAUUGUGUCUGUUAAACAAGUGUGUGAAAGACCCUGACAGCUUAAUGUCUAGUCAUAACACAGAGGAAGCAUAAAAACAAUACUCUCCCCGCCAGCUCAUACUGAAGGACACUGCCACAGAGGCAUCCUGUUUAGAUUGUCUGCUCUGUUUUAUGAUAUUUACUGUAACAGUAUGUCCUCAUUCACUGGCUCAAACUGCUGUAGUGCCAUUAAAAAGCAGCAGCCAUUACAAACCAGGCACGAGGCCAAAGAGACAAUUACUGCCAACAUUACACACACAUUCUCCUUCCUCCUCUCACUCCGUCCCUCCCUCGUCUCAUGCUCCCCUUCAUCUACACUCACCUGCCAGCCUUUAAAGUACCAACAGGUGUGCAGUUCAAAGAUAACCUGUGCGGUUAAGCCAAACCUGGUUUAUCUGAGAUAGACCAGUCAUGCAUGACUGUAUUGGUAAAAAAAAAAAGAAAAAGCAAUGAAUUAUACAAAAAUAUUAGUGAUGUUGGGGAGAGAGUAUUUCCCAGCACAUACAUGACUGGUUUUUGUCAAGUAUUGAAAGAAAAGCCUGAUUUACUGUCUUUCACCCACAUAUGUACCUAAGAUGUUCAACAUUGAUCAUUAGGAUAGUUUAAUUCUUCUUCAGGGUGAUAGAGACAGACUUUUUUAUUUUCAUACUAAUGUAACAGGCUGUUACUGAAAGUCAUUCCAUCUCACACUCACAAGCACAGACUUGCACUCUCAGCACUCAAUCUCAACAUAAAUACACUCAACACUGUCAUUACUGCACUUUGGCUUUUGUGGAUUCUCUGAUCCUACAGAUCUUAGAGGUUCAUGCUUGUUAUACACCAAAAUAUAUUUUAUAUAUUUUAUUUAUAUAUAUUUUUUCGCUAGAUACAGUGUGCUUAUUAAAAAUAUACAGUACAAGAUAAAAAAAAAAUAGGCUAUAUAUAAUCUCAUAUAUUUAAUAUAUUAUAUCUGGCAAGUUAAUUUUAUGCCAUCUGACAAUAUUUGAGUAAGUCAACAUUCUUUAUAUUUUAUUGCAUUUUUUAGAACUUCUUUUAUAUUUGAUAUAUUAUAUAUAUUCUAAAAUUAUAAUUU